UGGUCCAUCCCCAAUCCUUCUCUGCCAGGAGUUUUCAAAAUGGCGGGCCAAAUACUUCUUUCAAGCAUCUGAUUCUUUUAGCACUUCCAUUCCCAAAGUAGCUAGAAGCACAAAGUUUUCUUAACAUGAAGUAUUGUCCCGAGACGGUUCUUGUGCAGUCUGCGUUCGUCUUUGCAUCGAGAAAACAAGACUUGGCAAAAGUUUCUCGAGGUUGCACUUCGCAGAUCCGCGACGUUAUCGCCAACACUGUCAAUGAAGUGUCCAACGGGCUUAGCUAUAACGGAUCAAAACGAACUCUUCUUCCUGCGGAACUCAGUGCAUUGCAUUUCAAGUUACACGCGUGGAUUUACUCUAUAUGGAAGAGUCAAUAUGGGAUUCCGUGUUCGCGGUAUUUCAGCGAGUUCCCCCAGUUGCCCUCUUACAACACCGCUUGCUAUGUAGCUGUCGUAAAAGCAGUGCAUUGGGAGAAUCUUAUGAUUGAGAGUCUUCUUUCCUGCCCUAAGUACCACCACACCAUCUGCCUUCAAGAAAUUGUCUCCACAAUAAUACAAGAACCUGACCAAGAGGAUUUCAAGCUGUUCACUGAAUUGUUCAAGAUAUUCCUUUCUGCAUCAACCAUUAACAUAACUAUUGUUGACAGUGAUGAUGGCGAUGAUAAUUGUGAAAAUGGUGAUAGUGUUGUUGAUGAUAGAGAGCCUUAUAGUACUGCAAUUAUACUUCUGAAUGCGCUAAAAACAAUGAGAAAAAAGAUUGAAUGUCCAGGUUUACAGAUGGACAUUGUCAUAUCCAUAAUUGAACUAAUCAGCAAUCUUGUUUUUGGAUCUAAUGUGAAAGGUGAAAAUGAUACAGCCAAGUCAUCUAUAAACAUUCCUGGUAAUUUUGAGAAGAUUGGGUUUUUAGACAACUUUCCAUCAUCUGAGCAAAUAAAAAAAAUGGGACUUGAUGAACUCAGUAAUUUGCAUUCAAGAAUAUGUUUUGACGUUGGACUUCAAGAAACAAGAGAGGUCUCAAAUAUAUCAGAAGAAAGAGCUACCAAAUCCCCAAAGGUUGUCAUGCCUGCAUUAACUAAGAAAGCAAAAGUAAUGGUUAUUACCCUUUUAGAACUACUCUAUGAGCUUUUUACAAAAGUGUGGAGUGAGACCUUCCAUUGGUCUGCUAGUUGUCAUGGUGAUGAAUGCAUUCAUGAGAUGGCUUCACAUUCAUUGCACCCACUUCACCAAUGGAUAAUUAGACUCGUAACAUCUUUGCACAGACUUAAGAAAGUCAAUGUUUGUGACGAUGUGAUGGGACUUUUACUGAGAGGUCUUGGUGCAUAUGUUGAACAGUUUGCGACUUCAUUGGACAAGGAGGUCAUAGCUGGAGUUUCUAGCUGUUCUUGUGAUUUGAAUGAAGGAUGCAUGGAGGAGUUCACAGAAAAUCCUGUUGUCUCCUCCUCUGCUCAGUUUCCAUCUACCAGAGACCAGUUCCUGGAUGCUGUGUGGAGAGUGUGGGAGCAUUUGGAAGGUUAUGAAAGCAGCAUGGAUUGGUUAUUGACUGCUGAGGAGUUCUACAGCGAGAGAGAAUGGUUGGAUUGCAUCAAGACCUGUGCACUUGACAUCUGUAACAAGCAGCAUGCUAUCAUGAUGAUUGACAUUCUCUGUCUUCACUGGCAGUUGAUUGACAGCUGUAAUGGUGACACUGCGAUUUCUUUCAAUAUAUAUGAGGACAUCAGGGAUGUAUUCAAGAAACUCUUCAACCAACUACCAGAAGCAGAUCAAGCCGAGUUGAUAGAAUACACCUACAGCAUGUCAAUGUCCUUGGCAAGGGAUCUACAGCUCAUUUCAGUUUUGAUUCACCCUUUGCACAUUGACACAGACACAAAAAGACUGCAAAGUGAGAUAAGGGUGACUUUUAACAGGCUUGUUGAUGAUGAAGAGUUUACAAGAACAUUGAAUGCUAUUGCAAGUCUUGCUCUUGUUUCACCCAAGCUUGUCCUGUCAAGUGCUAUGAUGACAGCUAUCCAGUAUGGAAGAGUGCAAAUUAUUGGCAAAGUUCUCCAGAGACUGCCGAUCUUGUCCCAGCUUCCCUCUCCACUUGCCAAUCAUCCACUGCUUUGCAGCAUUCUACAUGACCAAGCUGCAGGUCUGAAAUCUCCUCAGGAAAUUAGCAAUCUCAUCAGCUUUGUAUCAUUGCUACUGGAGCCAUUCAUCCCUGAUGCAAUCCGUACAACCCACAAGCCAUUGCUGUCUGUUUCCCACUUGAUCAGGGCCUGUGCCAUGCCGUACCUUGGUCGCCAUGACAACAAAAAUGGGAUAUCCUCCUCGACUGCUCUCCUUCUUCUUAAGUCAUCGCUAGAGUCCAUUCAACCUGACAUGGCAGCCUAUGGCUCAUUCCUUCAGCUAGACCUUAUACCCAUAAUCCUUUACUUGAGCAAGAUGCUGCAUGGAUGCAAGGUAACCUGGGAAGGCCUCACCCCAGUCCCCACUCCUUCAGAGAUUUUACGGACAAGAAGCAUGGUAGUGGAAGUGCUGAGUGUUGCUAUAGCAACAGCUGUGAAGGUCCAGGAGUGUGGCAUGGUGGAUUUACAGACCCGUGUUCAGUGGCUUUGUUCAAAAGUGAAACUUUUGGACUGGACUGUUUAUCUCCACAUGAUACCCCUGAUUGAGGCCACAGGACUCCAGACCACGCCCAUCAGUGUGCCGGCACCCAUGAUUGACAUGUUUAAGUUGUCUGUGCAAUGGACACCCCAACCAUGCAGUGACUAUGACCCCAUCCUGGCGCUAUUCGAGUGUGUAUCUGUGUCAUACUCCAUUGCUCAACAAAUAGGGGAAGCUUUACAAGAGAAGGCACUUCCUGAAUGCUGCAGUGUUGAGGGUCUAACUUAUUGUUUGGUCAAGGUGAUGUCGCAUUACAGUGUGGGUGAGGUCCAGCGUGCUGUGACCACAUGCAAUCUGAUGCUACAGCAAGCCACGCCCAGGGUGCCAGUCAGCACCACCCUGUCACACAUACUCCGUGAUGUAGUCAUCAGGGUGGCUAGCCAAUACUGUUCUGCCUGGGCCACCCCUGGGAUUGUGGGUCAUGUGAUCAAGCAUUAUGUCUCAAUUGUCAAGGAUCUGUGCGCCAAGGCUGUGAGCGAUCAACAAGAAAAAGAUGACAUACUAGGCCUUGUUAUCCAAGGCACCUGUCAAGUGAUGCAUCAUCUCCAUGACGAUGUGGCACACCCACUCUUUGUCCUUUUGUUAGAUUUGGUCACCAUGGUUACCCCAAUGAUUGACAUUCAUGACAGUGUUGCUAGGAUACCGCAAGAGGUGUACAGAGACACCAUUUUGCAGAAGCUAAAAAUGCUGUAACACAGUCAUCUAGUAGAUUUGGUCACCUUGGUUACCCAAAUAAAUGAUAUUCAUGACAGUGUUGCUAGGCUACCACAAGAGGUGUACAAGGACACCAUUUUGCAGAAGCUAAAAAUUCUGUAACAGGCAUUUUUUUACUUUACAAAAUAACUUUAUAUUAGAGUGUGCCUACACUACUGUUUAUACAGAAAAACUGAUAAAUGACUACUGUAUCAAGUAUCUAAAACUAGAUUUAUGGAAAAUGUUAAACAGCAGGUACUCCUCUAAAGGGGCACAACUUGUCACAAUUACUCAACAACUUUGGCAUAAGAGGAGAUGGAAGCAAGGCCUUUGAAUCCCACGAGUCUUUGUUCUCUUGAUACACCUAUUUCAAUGAGUGUUGUCAGUGCAAACAACAAAUGGCAGUUCCAAUACCUAAAGCCGCAUCUUCACCAGUUUACUUCUGGAGAUCCGACAGAAACCUCAACCGUUAAAAGACAAAAGAGUCUAUUAGAAUCUGAGAUAUUUAACACGCCAUCCGCUCUAAACUAUCAAUCACAUCCUCAAAGAAACUUCCAAUAGACACACUGCUUUCAAUAUUUUGAAAUAUUUUUCGCGUUUUCCAUCGGACAUUGUUAUGUAAUCGGCUGGAAGGAAACUGGUGACAAUGCAGCUUUAAGAUGAUUAGUGAUCUCCAGUGAUAUCGGAGCCAUACAUUGAUGGCCUUAAAUUGAAUUAUCAUGAUUGACCCACAUUUUCCUGCAUUGAUGAAACAUAAUGCAACCAUGGUACCUUUUGGUUGUAGCAUUGUCAUAAGAAAACCAACAUUUGCCUUAGCAGCUUAGCACUGUGACACCAAGGACAAGUUUUGACCUUAGCAUGGCAGAAGAAAAACAUGAAACUCCAUGCACAAACUUUGUGUAACUUGACGUAGCAUAACCCCUUUUUAAGAGAACCUGUGGUUUAGGUCCACUUAGGCUAUCUAUUCUACACUAUAUAAUUUACAGUUUCAGAAAAAAAAAUCAAUAAAUUUACACAGAAAUGUGUUGAAA